UCCUCCUGGCUCUUCGCUCCUGCAGUUUGUUUGAAGCAGCCGGUGUCAGGCGUAGCUGCGGCUACCUCAGAGAGGCUGGUUGGCUGCCGUCACUUCGGAGAUGGGCAUCUUUUCCCUGCUUCUUCUGCUGCCUUUGGCAUCCGGCUUGGAUUUCCGCUACCAUCGCACCAAGGAAUUGGAAGCUUUUCUGAAGGAGGUGCAGAAGAAUUACACGGCCAUCACUCACCUGUACAGCAUUGGCAAGUCAGUACAAGGUAGAGACCUCUGGGUUCUUGCUCUGGGAAGGUCUCCAACCCAGCAUAAGAUUGGCAUACCAGAGUUCAAGUACGUUGGUAAUAUGCAUGGGAAUGAGGCUAUUGGGCGGGAACUGCUCCUCCAAUUGAUUAAAUAUUUGGUGGAAAAUGAUCAAAGUGAUCCAGUCAUCACAAAACUCAUUAACCACACUCGAAUACACAUCAUGCCUUCAAUGAACCCUGAUGGUUUUGAAUCAUCAAUAAUGCUUCCGUGUACAUCCAUAAUUGGCAGGUACAAUGCUAAUAGAAAAGAUCUGAACAGGAAUUUUCCUGAUCAUUUUGUCACCAAUAAUCAAAUUAUCCAGCCAGAGACUAAAGCAGUUAUGAACUGGAUAAAUACUGGAAUGUUUGUUCUUUCUGCUAAUCUGCAUGGUGGAGCACUGGUUGCAAGUUACCCCUUUGAUAAUGGCAAUCACGUUACAAUUGAUGCAAAUGGUGUUAGCAAAACAGUGGAUGAUGAUGUUUUUGUUCAUCUUGCAAGCACAUAUGCUAACAACCAUCGCACAAUGCAUAAAGAGAUUAUGUGUGAUGAUACAAAUUACUUUAAAGAUGGCAUUACAAAUGGAUAUUACUGGUAUGCAGUGAAAGGUAGCAUGCAGGAUUAUAAUUACGUUUGGGGACAAUGCUUUGACAUUACGUUGGAGUUAUCAUGUUGUCGCUAUCCCUCAGAAGAUCAGAUUCAAGAUUUCUGGGAUGACAAUAAAAUUGCUCUGAUUGAAUACAUUAAACAAAUCCAUCUAGGUGUAAAAGGUCGUGUUCUGAAUCAAAAGAACCAACCCAUUGCAAAUGUGAUAGUGGAAGUUCAAGGAAGGAGGCAUAUAUGUCCUUACGUAACCAAUAAAAAUGGUGAAUAUUACCUUCUCCUCCUGCCUGGAGCCUACACUCUCAAUGCAACCCUCCCUGGAUUUAUGUCAUUACAACAGGAAGUGUUUUUACCAAAUGGAGCAGAAAAACUCAGUGCCUAUGAAUGUAACUUUAUUUUCUCCCUGGAAUCUCCCUCAAAAACGCCUAUUCCAUGCCCAUUGAGACCACUUUAUUCAAACAGCAUUAGUACAGUUACUGUUACAGUGUUUCACUUUCUAAUUUUUGUAUAUAUAGGCAUAUAAAAAAUUGUAUUUUUAUAUUUGCUUUUUAACAGUACUUAACUAUAGAUUUUAAAUUUUAUUGAUAUAAUAAAGCCUUUGAAUUAACAA